AUUUUUCACAUGGAGGACGAGGAAGGAGAGAGGGAGAGAGGUAGAUUCAGAUUUCAGAACCCGUCUCUGCAAACGCUCGCCAUAGCCAAAGAUCUCUCCUUCAGCUGCUGUUCCUGCGCGAUAGGGGAGGUGGAAGAAGAGAGAGAGAAAGAGAGAGGGCGGCGGUGGUGGAUGCGCUGAGCGCGAAAGGCGACGGGCGGGCGGGGAAAGGAAGGAAGGAAGGAAGGGAGGAGGAGGAGGAGGAGGACAUGACGAGGAGAUCGGGCGCUUGCCUGCGGUGCUGCCUGGUGGUGUUCGCGGUGGUGUCGGCCCUGGGCGUGUGCGGGCCCGCCCUCUACUGGAAGCUCAAGAAGGGCAUCAAGCUCGCCGGCGCCGACGACAAGCACCACCGCUCUUGCCCUCCCUGCGUCUGCGAUUGCCCUCCCCCGCUCUCCCUCCUCAACAUUGCUCCCGGGUUGGCAAACCUCUCUGUUACAGAUUGCGGGAGUAACGACCCUGAUCUCAAGCAAGAGAUGGAGAAGCAGUUUGUUGAUCUUCUAGCGGAGGAGUUAAAGCUGCAAGAAGGCGUGGCUGAAGAGCACAUUCGCCAUAUGAACAUCACCUUUGCCGAAGCAAAAAGAGUGGCUUCCCAGUAUCAAAGGGAAGCAGAGAAGUGCAACUCUGCCACAGAAAUUUGUGAGGAGGCAAGAGAGCGUGCGGAGGCAUUGUUGAUAAAGGAGAGAAAGGUGACAUUGAUGUGGGAGAAACGAGCCCGCCAAAUGGGCUGGGAAGGGGAAUAAAGACCAAGUUAAUUUUUGGUUCAUUUCACCUCAUGAAUUGUACAACUCGCGGCAUCAAUACAUGCAAUUAAGCAAAACUGUCGAGGAUUGUCACUUUCCUCCUUCCGCUAAUAUCCAACGUGAGGGCACCGUGCUGGAGAAGGGGGAGAAGAGAGAAACUUAAGCUAUCACUUUACAUAUAAUGUAUGUGUCUAUUUGUGUACCGUAAAGAUGGUGCAAGUUUGUCAUACUCUUGUAGGAUCUUCCUUUAUUGUAAAACCAGAUGUCUUUCUAAUAUUAUCAUGUUAAGCA